AUGGGCACCGAAAACGCUACCUUGAUUGAGGCUACUGCCGUGGAGAUGAUCCGUGAUGGGGAAACCGGUGCGGUGAUCGGGGCGAAGUGUUCGCGCAGUGGCGGGGAGCCAGAAGAGUUCUACGCAUCUCUGACGAUUCUUGCUGAUGGUUCCACGUCAAAUUUUCGGUCACAAUUCACCCGUUACCGGCCUGUAUCACGGUCGCGGUUUUGGGGCCUCGAGUUGGUCAAUGCUGAACUUCCUAUCCCCAGAUAUGCCUAUGGUAUCUUGGGGAUAGGAGGGCCAAUUUUGAUGUAUCGUCUCAGCAACAGGGAGACUCGGGUUCUGAUUGAUAUUCCGGAUGACAUCUACGGCAGUCUUGGUUCCCCUGACUCGGUCAGGGACUACAUCCGGGAACAUAUUGUCCCCUCCUUCCCCGAACCAGUGCGGGCUAAUCUCGAGGAAGCAGUUAGGGAGAGUCGCCUACGAAGCAUGCCCAAUGCCAGCAUGCCAUCGUCCACGAACACGACUCCAGGGCUAGUACUGCUGGGUGAUGUCGCGAACAUGCGGCAUCCUCUUACAGGUUCUGGCAUGACUGUUGCACUCAAGGAUGCCGUUUUGCUUGCUGAGAUGUUGAGCCCGGCAAAUGUUCCUUCACUAAAUGAUACAGGAUCUGUAUUGGCACAACUCAAGCGAUAUCACUGGAAGCGGAAGUCUCACAGCGCCUCUCUUAACAUGCUGGCCCAGGCGCUCUAUCUCCUGUUCGUUGGCAAAGACAACAUUGUGGGAAUCAUGCAACGUGGUUUUGUCCGCUAUGUCCAAGGAGGAGAAAAGAACUUUGCAGAACCCGCCUGGAUCAUGGGCGGGAUUGUCGAUAGCCCCUUGGUCCUCUUUCGGCAUUUCUUCAAGAUUGCCUUCUAUAGCAUCGGCUUGCACUUCCAGGAGUCUGGAGUGCUCGGUUUUCCUGCGGCUCUUGUCAGAUCGGGCGGCAACGGAAACAACGGUGGCGGCCGAAGUGCUGUUGCCGAUGCCACGCAAUGUUUCCUUUUUGUAUGCGUCUGGACAAUCUUGCACCACAACUUGCAAGCAAAGGACGAUGGCUACUGGACGAUAUUCUUUCGCAAGCUGCGCUGGGCCGUGCUCGCGGUGGCAGCGCCCGAGAUGCUCACACUCUUUGCCGUGAUGCAGUGGAAUGCAACCAACAUCUCCGUCCGGAAAAUGCGCGAUCUGGGCUUCAAGAACUGGACUCGUGUCCACGCCUUCUAUGCCAAUGCGGGCGGAUUCUUCCUUAAAGCCCCUGACUUCCCUGCAUUCCCGCUCAACGCCACAUCGCUCCAUUACCUCCUUCAGCAGAAACGCAUCACCCUACCCAACCUCUCGCGCGACAACAUCUGGGACCGCAGCAAGGCUGACCAUUUCGCAAAGUUCGUCGCCUUUCUCCAGGCUGGCUGGACGAUCCUACACAUCGUCGCGCGCCGGAUCCAAAACCUCACUGUGACUCCUCUCGAAGUUUUUACCGCCGCCUUCAUCGUCCCUUCGUUUGCUACCGCAUGGGCAUGGGCCGAUAAGCCGCAGAACGUUGCGGAACCGACUGUCCUCGAAGUAGACUGGACAAUUGCAGACCUCCUUCUAUCAGCCGGUGAUGCUGCGAAGGAACCGUACGUCGACACCCCUCUAGAUUUUGUUGAGAAGCCCGUAUGGGCAGGAUGGAAGCGCCGACGCAGCUUAUUCCAUUUCGGAGGGCUUAACAGGCGUCCAUCGCCUCGCAUCCCGAACGAUUAUUCUCCUCCGCCACCGACGGGCACCGAAGCAACGAUUGUGUGGGUUGUGUCCGUCAUACAUGCGGGGCUUCACGUCCUAUGCUGGAACUUUCCCUUCCCUACCCGCUUCGAGUCACUCGCAUGGCGGUCGGCAAGCGUCAUAUUACUUGUGUGCAUGGCCAUUGGCGGGUUAGUCCCCGUCUUAUCGACUAGGGAGUGGUUCGACUUUGAGUUCAGCAUGAUCUGGAUCUGGGUCAAGGAGGCGAGGAAGAUGACAUGUACAGUGGACGACGUUUUUACCGCAUGUGGAUUGAUCGGAUCGGCACUGGUCAUCUUCAACUAUGUCCGCCUCUCUUCUCUGUGCUAUCAUCGUGAUAUUUGA